AUGGGCUACGGUGAACCCAUGGUAAUCGUGAAUAACUUUGCCUUCUGCAAAAAACAUGGUGACGAGUACUGCUAUCCUUGUUUCUAUGACCAUCGGGACACAAACAACUUUACUCUCCUCGAAGAGCCUGCCCUCAGGGAUAUCGGUGACAACGGUGGCGUGUACAGCAUGGAUAGUCGCGAGUCAAUUAAUGUAUAUGAACUCGGGGCGAUCCCGAUAGGAGAUGGCGAAGAUUGCAAGUGCAGGAAACAACUGGUCAAAGACUGUAAAGAAUGCUUUGACUGGGUGAAACACAUAUUAAACGAGCUCGAGGAAGCUAAAUAUAGGGCGAAGUGGCUCAAGAAAAGGGAGAAAUAUUAUAGAAAUCGGGAGGAUUGA